AAUUAAAAUCCUCUCAUUUUCCAAUCAUAUCUCACAUUUAUCACCAUGGCCGCCGCCAGCGUACUUCUCCUCUUCCUCCUCCUAGCGGCCAUGUCGCCUUCCCUCUCAUCCACCAUCCCCUCCGAGACCGCCGCCCUCCGCGCAUUCAAAUCCGCCGUGAAGCCUUCCUCCAUCCCUCCAUCCUCCUGCCUCGCCACGUGGAACUUCUCUGCCGAUCCAUGCGCCACCCCACGCAUCACCGACUUCACCUGCGGCAUCACGUGCGCCGGCGACCGAGUCGUCCAACUCACCCUGGACUCGCAAGGCUACUCAGGCACGCUCACCCCACUCCUCUCCCAACUCACUCAACUCGUCACCCUCGACCUCGGCGAGAACGACUUCCACGGCCCCAUCCCCCCUUCCAUCGCCUCCCUCCCCAAUCUCCAAAACCUAAUCCUCCGCUCCAAUUCCUUCUCCGGCCCUCUCCCGCCCUCAAUCGCCGCCGCCAAAUCCCUCCAGACGCUCGACCUCGGCCGCAACUCCAUCUCCGGCCCCCUCCCCGACCUCAGCCCGCUCCCCGCCCUCACCAGCCUCGAUCUCAGCUACAACAACCUCACCGGCCCAAUCCCCCGCCUCCCGCCCAAUCUCGUCGAAUUGGCUCUCAAGGCCAACUCGCUCUCCGGCUCACUCACCGAGACCUCCUUCGCCGAGUUGACUCACCUGAUGGUGGUCGAGCUCGCCGAGAACUCGCUCUCCGGCGCCGUGCCGUCGUGGCUCUUCCUCCUCCCGUCCGUGCAGCAGAUCGACCUCGCCAAAAACGGCAUCACGAGCGUCUCCGUCGCCGCGCCGCUGGCUGAGUCGGACUCGGACAGCGAGCUCGUGGCCGUGGAUUUGAGCUACAACAAGCUGGAGGGGCUGUUGCCGGAGAAAUUCUCCGAUUAUCCGGAGCUGCGAUCGCUGGCGCUGAGCUACAACAAGUUCGUCGGGCCGAUCCCGGGGCAGUACGGCAGGGAGGGAUCGUCGCUGCGGCGAUUGUACCUAGACGGGAACUACCUGAACGGUUCGGCGCCGCAGGGGUUUUUCUCGGGCAACGGGCAGGUGUCGGGCAGCUUCGGAGAUAAUUGCCUGCGGAGCUGUCCAUCGGCAUCGGAGCUUUGUUUGAAAUCGCAGAAAUCCGCCUUCAUUUGCCACCAAGCAUAUGCUGGGAAGUGGGAUCUAAUUGCCUAACGUAAACACUCGUGCGAAAGAUUUUAGAAUAUUGAACACUAGAUUUAUUUUCAAAUUAUACUAGUACUAUGCUUUUCGGUCAAAUUAUGGUCGUUUCAUGAGUUUUGAAAUUACAAUGGAAUAUAUAAAGAAUGAAUGGCUUGUAUUUGAUGGUGAUAAAAAAUAUUAAAAGAAUGAAAAUGUUAUUCUUUAAUAUUUCAUUUA